UCGCCGCUGGUGGCAGUAGUUAGCGUCUGGUGGAAUGCCCCUGCUGCAACCGAACAGAUAUGAAAGAGAAACUUGCAUAACAAACAAUGGGAAUUCUGAGCUUGAACGCCACUCACGGAAAGGGCAUGGAUUUCUUCAGAACAUUCGAGUAUGUUGCUGCACUAUGAACAUCGCAAUCAAAUCACAUUCCAAAGACCAUUGCUGAUUUCACAGGGCAUUGUUUUGUUCUUCCAAACUAUGGGAAAUUACAGACCGAUAGGAAUAUUUCUGGAUUUUGUUUACACCGACAAAGGGAAAUCUUGCUUUAAUUGCACACACUUACACUCACAAUUGUAAGGUUUACGACUGUGGUGUUUACACACCACUUUACUCAGUUGAAAACUGACAAAUUCACCUCCACCUUGUGCACCCUUCAUAUUUUAUGCUGAGGAUUAGUCACAUUGGUGCUAGGACUGAAGGGACUUUUUAUUGUCGUUCUUAAAAAGUUGGCAACUUAAAUAUUAAAAAGCUGUGAACUACUUUUGGAAUAAGCUUUUCCUCACUAUAAGAAAGGGUUAGUGUGAAUAUUUGUUUUUAGCUUCUACCUCUGGCUUUUAUACAUUAAAACUAUUUAUUUUUUUUUAAACUGAAUAAUCCACAAUACAACUGUCAGAAUGCAAGGCCUGGCUCCAACCACUGUUUCCCCCAACUCCUCCUCCAACCCCAUGCCCAUUGAGCCCGCCAUGGCUCCCUCUGUGGAGCUGGGGUUCACUGCCCUGUACACCUGCCUGUACGGAGGACUGUUCGUCAUCGUGUACACCCAGCUCUGGCUCUUGCUGAAGUACCGCCAUAAGCGCUGGAGCUACCAGAGCGUGUUCCUGUUCCUGUGCCUGUUCUGGGCCGCCCUGCGCACCACGCUCUUCUCCUUCUACUUCUGCAACGCGGUGUUAGCCAACCACCUGCCCACCGUGGCCUACUGGCUCCUCUACUGCUGCCCCGUCUGCCUGCAGUUCUUCACCCUCAGUCUCAUCAACCUCUACUUCACACAGGUCGUGCUGAAGGUGAGGGGGAAGUACAACUACGAACCAAGCCACGGCCUGUAUGUGGCCCGCUUGGCCUACGCGGGCAUGAGCGCCGUGUUCCUGUGCGUGAACGUGGCGUGCGCCGCGCUGGGCGAGCGGGGGGCGGGUGGCGACCAGGCCUGGAGGCUGGUGCUGGUGAGGGUGCUGGUCAACGAUCUGCUCUUCAUCGUACAGGCCGUCUGCCUGGCCUCCUCUCUCCUCCUCCUCAGCCGAUAUGCCCCCUCCACCAUCCUCUACCUGCACAGCAAGGGUGCAUCAGUGUGCCAGACGCUGGUGCUGGGGGGAGGGGUGAUCCUGCUCUUCUCCAGCCGGGCGUGUUACAACCUGGCCGUACUCAUGCUGUCCAAAAACCACAAAGUGGAGUCCUUCGACUUUGACUGGUACAACGUCUCGGACCAGGCGGACCUUCAGAGUGAGCUGGGUGACCGGGGCUACUUGGUGUUCGGGGCCAUCCUCUUCAUCUGGGAGCUCCUCCCCACCGGCCUCCUCAUCGCCAUCUUCAGGGUUCGCAGGCCUCCACAGGAAGUGAGCUACAGUCCUGCAGUUUCCAGCCAAGGGCCACGUUCCUACUUCUUUGAUGACCCACGAAAAAUGGAGGAGGACCGCGAUGUGCCCUGGGGCUUUCACGCACACCCCCACAGCAGCUGGUUUGGCGCAAGCGAGACGCAACCCCUCCUCUUCGCCAAUGCCAAUGACCAGACCAAUCAGCACCACUCCCUCUACUCCACUCCCCAGACCUGAAUGUGCGCCUCCAAAUCAAGAGUAAUCAUGUGGGCAUUUCCAGGACGCUCGUCAAGGGGGAAGGAAGUAUUUUGCACUCGGACUGCCGUAAGGCAUUUCUCUCUAGGCUUUUCCCCCCAAGACGCUCACCCAUUUGUUGUUGACUAACCAGUGUACACUAUGUAGUGUGACAAGUCAGUAUCUUCAGUGCUGAUUGGCUACAUAGUGUACUACAGAGGGAACAAGGGAAAACAUUUUUUAUUUUAUUUUCCCUAAGACUGUAUUUGCACCUUCACAUUCCAAAAUGGACCACUAGUCUGCACGAGACCAAAACACCUGUGUGGAAUGGCACCUGAGAUUUCUCCGGAUGAGAUGAGGUCAUCGGAAAUCCUAGUAGCUCAUUGGUUUACUUAAAGGAGAAUUUGAGUCACCCCACUUCUGGUAGGCUCCAAGGUACCUUAUGGGGCUUAUAAAGUUGAAGCUUGCAAGUUAACACAUCUUAACAUGUUCUCUACAGUGACCAGUAUCUCUCCAACGACAAUGCAUGUCACUCAAGUCGAGUAUAAAAAAAACAGAGGAUGCGUUUUGUUACGCAUGAAUGUACAAUGGUAGCCAAAUUGCAUAGCCUUACGGCAGUAUAUGCGUUAGAAGAACAAGGGUUCCCAACCUUUUCCAACUUGGGGCCCAGUUGGAAAUAUUCACAAAUGUUCAGGGUCCACCUUGCUUCGUAUCCCAGAUUGGCACAUUUUAAGACAAUAGGCACGUGGAAAAGAACCAUGUUAGGGUGUCUUGGCAACCAACCUCCUCACAGAUCCAUGACUGAGGGAUACACGAUAAACACAUAUGCCCGUAGUAUUGCAAAAUUGAUGCCAGAGCUUUUCUCUGUAGAUGCUCGAUCCAGUUGUCUUGGAGAGAAGUGCUUAGGUCCUGUGAGCCCGACCAGAAGGGGUGUGACUUAGGCUCUCAAUAACCAGCGGUGUACCAAAAUUUUACUUCUUUAUUCCCUGAACAUUUUUCCAUGAAUGUCACCUAGUCUUAGUACUUGUGGAUGAAAAGGGUAUGUAUAUUUCUAGGACUUGUUCCUCUGUAAUGAUUCUAGUCUGUAACCACAGUGGUUUGUAUUUUUAAAUACGUCAACGUGUUAAGACUUAUUCCUAAAUUAUUUUACUAUGACCUACAAAAAUUUUGGAUGUAUUUUAUUAGCUUUGUUUUUUGCUUGUUUUUUCCAGAUGUUAAAGGGAAAAAUGAUUGAUCAAGGAGCUUGAGUUUGCAGUGUAUUAAUGUAUUAAUACAGUAUGUUGCUCACUUUACAAGGGAAUUUUGUAAGAGAUUGCAUUAAUAUAUAAGUAAUUAAACCAUUUUGUGUGUUGG